AUGGCUUUAAUGGUGCCCAAGGUGUCCAUCGGCGCCAAUGGCCGAGCCAUGCCCGUUAUUGGGAUGGGCACUGCAUCAUUGUCGCCAGAGGCCAUGCUCGAAGCUAUUAGAAUUGGCUACCGCCAUUUCGACACUGCUUUCGUGUACGGGUCGGAGCAGCCUCUUGGCGAAGCAAUUGCCCAAGCCCUGCACCUAGGGCUCAUCAAAUCCAGGGACGAGCUAUUCAUCACUUCGAAGCUCUGGUGCACCUCUGCCGAGAAAGACCUUGUCGUGCCCGCCAUCAAGAAAAGCCUCGGGAAUCUUCAACUGGAAUACCUUGAUCUGUUUCUGAUACACUGGCCGCUGAGGCUGAGCAAAGAAAUGCGCCAAAUACCAGUUCCAAAAGAAGAUCUUCUUCCGAUUGACAUAAAGUCGUUGUGGGAAGGCAUGGAAGAGUGCCAGAAUAUGGGGCUCACCAGAGCCAUAGGCGUUAGUAAUUUCUCCCGUAAGAAGCUUGAGGAGCUCAUUUCCACUGCCAAGAUCCUGCCGGCGGUCAAUCAGGUGGAAAUGCACCCAAUGUGGCAGCAAAAGGAAUUGGUUGAUUUCUGCAAGACGAAGGGUAUUCAUGUCACUGCCUACUCUCCUUUAGGUGCAAUAAGCACUUCAAAGAGAAACAACCAAACGGUGACAUCUAGCCUCGUGGAAGAGAUAGCCAAGGCCCAUGGCAAAACU